AGACACCGCAAUUGAAUUAUCGCACUCCACUGUCACUGUUCUAGUUUUCUUGCUUUGCUGCUUCUUGAAAUUUAGUUAACCCUUCUUCUGUUUAAUUUGAUCUUAACUUCCAUUAAAGAAAAAAAAAAAAAAAAUUCAAAUGAAUCAUGGUGUAUAAUUUUCUCCUGCUGCUUUACUCAAUUUGUUGUUGCGUUUACUUCCCUACACAAUUAUACCUUGCACUUGCAAAACAACUAGUGCUUUGCUUCAUCACUCUUUCUCUUCUUUUCUUUCUUUUUUCCUACACUUGGCUUGAUCUUCUCUGCCAACAAAAGCGUAAAGCUAACGCUUCUUUCUAUUACUGCCUCUGUCUGUCUAUCACUGCAAAAAAGUGUGUCAUUGUACCUUCGUUUACUUCGUCUCUCGUCUCUUUCUCUACUUCUUUAAGUUGAACUCUACUUCCCCACGUUCCCGCUUUUCUUUUCUUUCCAUUUUUGCUCACCGGAGAAGGCCACAGUUUUUUCUUUCUAUGCUCAUUGCUCAGUUAUUUAAUCAGAUCGUUUUGCAUCUUGUUUCUUUCAGAUUCUGGUAUUGGAAUUGUUGUGUUGGAGUUUUGGGAAGCUAUGAAAGAGAGAGGCAAAGCUGUGGAGAUGUACGACAAUGACAUGUUCCAAGAUUACAGCAUCUCAUCAUCUGAUCUUCCAUGCAAGAAACACCCGUCAUCUUCUUCAGUUGGUAUUUGUGCUUAUUGUCUCAAAGAUCGUUUAGUCAAGCUGGUCUGUUCAGAUUGUGGAGAGCAAAGACUUUCUUCUUGCUCUUGCUCUGAGAUCUCUUCCAAUCGCAAUUCUUGCACUGUUGAGCCCAAAAAUAAUGGAGAGAAAGCUGAUGAAGUGUUCUUGCUGAAGAGAAGCAGUAGUAGCUGUGUUGAGAUCAAGAGGAAAGGUGGGUUUUGGAGGAUUGGCAAGCUGUUUGGAAAGAAAAAGGAAAAGGGUACUUGUGAGAGAAGCAGCGUUGGUGGUUUCGAAGAAAAAAGUGAUCUCUGGGUUGUUGAUUACAUGGGCGUUUCCAGGUCCAGGUCUCUAUGCAGUUUCAGAGGCGGUGGCUUUUUUGGUUCUGAAGAUGGAACCUUUUCUGGUGCCAGAAGUUCUAUUUCUGCCGCUAGGAGUUCCAUUUCAGCCGCAAGGAACUCCGGUGUCAAUGGUGGUCUGCUCUUUGAUCCUGAUAGAAAAAGUGGCUUCAGUGAAGCAGAGCCAAGAAGAAGUGGCUUCGACGGUGAAAAGAAAGACGCCAAUAUUGUUUCAGAUCCCGAAAAGGUCGAUCCUGGUUUUAAUGGAGCAAACACUAGACGUGUGUUUUCACUUAAAGAAGGCAACUUUACAACCAUGGAUGAUUCAGGAUUCAUUGACCUCAAGUUUGAUUUCUCUUCAGAGUCCAAAGCAGAUUUACCCAGUGCGAGGAUUGGCGGUGCUUGGUCAGAUUCAAAUUCUGCUUUUGGUAGCAUGAGGAGCAGUGAUUUUCUGACACAUGAUCAAUGUGCAGGCCCUUUUGGGAGUCUUGUGGGAGAUGGGGUGUUCACAAAUGGAGGUUCAUGUAGGAUCACAGUAAGUGACAGAGGAAUCAAAAGGAGCAGGAAAAGUUUCAAGAGUUGGAGAUGGAUUUUCAGGCACAAUCUUAAUGCAAGGAAGAAAGAUGAGGAACUUGUGGUCAACUCCUUAGCUUAGACUUGAUUAUUCUGUGUUUUUUUUUUUUAAUUUGGGUAUUUUUAUGUGUAUUACUUUGGUCACAAAGUCUCUGUUAUCUGUAGUUAUUUUGAUUUAAGUUAAAACAAAAGAAAAGUAGCUAACAGGCAUGAGUUGAUUGCUUGACUUUCACUUCAAGAAUCAAGAUUAGGGCAACAAAAAAGGCAAGAAAUUAGGGGUCAGCUAGCCCUAUUCAGUCACAAUUGAACAAGUGAACUGAUGAAAGUGCUCUCUUCUUCUUUGAUUUCCAACUUGAUUAUACCUCGGAUGUACUUUAAACUGUAGGGAUUAGUUGUUGAGUAUAUCUCGGAUCCUCUUUGAUUUUC